CACUGCAGGGACCAAGCUACAGAAAGUUCCACCCAGUAGCCAAGGUGUGCCCCUUCCCAAUCCACACACCUGUCCUGUACUCGUCAGCCAUUCUUAUUUAGGGCGUACUGUGCGUUAUAAUGUGUAUAAAAUGUCUCUAUUAUUAAGGAGCCCCAGGACCUCUGCCGCAGGUUCCAUUUCGGAUAAAGCGCAAUUAAUAAUUCUCGUAAUUCCAUUUUACCUCCCUCUAUAUCUUCCACUCCUCUUCCCCCCCUCCCUGUCUAUCCCUAUCUUCACCUCCUAAUCUCCACCCCCGACCCUUGUGUGUUCCUCCCAAAUGGGCUCUUCUUUCUUUACUCUCAGCCUGCAGGACAGUCUUUGCCCGCUGACUGCGCUCUGGAGCCACAGGGAUCCCCUAUGCCCCAAUCCCCACUGUCCCAGAACACGUUGAGUGGUGCUACUGUCCUCCCACCUCUCAUCCAUCCCCAUAGGGAGAAAAGAGAACAAUCCAGGCAUUCCUCGGAGUUUUCUACUUGUUGAUCUAGCUCCUUGUGUGUUCUUGGCUGCCUCCCCUGAUUGCACUGAAGAAGCAGAAUAUAUGUGCUCAUCUGUCUAGUGAAUCCCUUCACUCACCUUGUCAGAGAAAGCAUGAUGCCCCUAUCCAGGACUCAGCUGGGACUCUUCUUCAUCCUCCUGUGUCCUGCAAACAUCAUUGGACUGUGGUGGGCAGUUGGCAGCCCCUUGGUGAUGGACCCUAACAGCAUCUGCAGGAAAACCAAGCGCCUGGCUGGAAAGCAGGCGGAACUUUGCCAGACGGAACCAGAGAUCGUUAGCGAGGUGGCUAAGGGUGCCAAAAUGGGAGUACGAGAAUGUCAGUACCAGUUCAGGUCACGGCGGUGGAACUGCACCAGUCACAACAAGUACUUUGGAAAGAUCCUUCAGCAAGAUAUCCGUGAGACAGCAUUUGUUUACGCUAUUACAACCGCUGGGGUGAUCCAUGCAGUGACCCAAGCCUGCAGCAUGGGGGAGCUGAUGCAGUGUGGUUGUGAGGUAACCAGAAAUUGGGGUCCUCCUCCGCCUCUUGCUAUUGGACCAGGAGCUGACGGAUCGGCCUGGGAGUGGGGAGGCUGCGGAGAUGAUGUGGAAUAUGGGUACGAGAAGUCACGCCAAUUCAUGGAUGCAAAACGAAAGAAGGGGAAAAGUGACAUAAGGACCUUGAUAGACCUCCAUAACAAUGAAGCUGGAAGGCUGGCAGUGAAGAACUACAUGAGGACAGAGUGUAAAUGUCAUGGACUGUCUGGCUCCUGCACUCUGCGUACGUGCUGGAAGAAAAUGCCACACUUCAGGGAAGUAGGAGACCGUCUGCUUGAACGAUUCAAUGGAGCCUUCAAGGUGAUGGGUGGAAAUGAUGGAAAGACCAUUAUACCUGUUGGGCACAACAUCAAGCCCCCUGAUAAACAAGAUCUCAUUUAUUCUGCUGACUCUCCAGAUUUCUGCCAGGCAAACCGAAAAACAGGCUCGCCAGGGACACGGGGGCGCGUGUGUAACAGCACGGCUCUGGACGUGGGGGGAUGUGACCUGCUCUGUUGUGGCAGGGGUCACCGGGAAGAGACUGUAGUGGUGGAGGAGAGCUGUCUGUGUCGCUUCCAUUGGUGUUGCGUUGUAAAUUGCAAUAAAUGCACUGUGAAAAAAGAGCUCAGCAUGUGCUUGUGAGACAGACUCCACAAAGAGGGGGGCUCCAAAACUGCCCAGUUUCAUUAACAAAUGUAAUGUGGGAAUUGCAGGCACCUACACGUGGACCAGGAACUCAGACACAGACCCCCCUCUUUAUCAGAGGAGAGUUUCUGCUUGUUGUCUAGUGUGACACGGAAAAUCAGAGUCGGCUCUAAGACUUGGAGAAUCACAUGAAUGCACCUCAGCAGUGAUUGGUUCAGGAGGAUAAAAGGUGCACAAAUGAAUUCUUUACAGUAUAAUCCAAAAUAUGGACUUAUUAAUUAAGUAGGAGCAUCAGAAGGCAGUUAAUUAUAUAGAUAAUGCCCAAGACAUAUAUACAGGAGGAAAUAUUUUAUUAUUUCCAAAUAAAUACUGGGGCAUCAUUUUCAUAUUAUCCAUCUGAAUUCAACCUGUUUGUCCUAGGCGUGCUUUGCUUCAGACCAUUCUUUCUAAUCAAACAAUAUGUUAACACUGAUGGGGUAACAUAACAGUUUCCACAUUCUUUGAAUAUAGGUUACUGAAAUGAAAAGCGCAAAAGUUUGCGUAACUAGGAGCUGCUACAUUAUUGGAUCCAACCUGUAUAGCGAGACUAUUGUACUAAUGUAAAUCUGUACGUACUAUCCAGCCGAUCUGUAUGCAUUUGGUGGACUGUACAAGUUACUGUAGGAUCGGGUUAGUCAGCCUGUGGCUUCCAUUCACAGAUGACCUACUCCCAUAUCAGAAAGUGGUUAUAAUGUGAUUACACUUAUGAUGGACAAACAACACGGAGGAUGCUAUAGUAUACUGUGUUAUAUUGUGAAAGCACAUUAUGUAUGUGCUACAGAUGAUCAGCAAUUAUGUUGCUUUUAUAUUAAAUGAUAGUUUAUCAGAGUACAUGGUACAGUCCAGAACUACAGAAUCCCAGACAGGACAGAGCCCUCUGAGAGGCAGAUAUUGCAGUCAUGCUUACUGCACACAUGGAAGCUGGUUAUAGUCCUGAUUAUAUAAAUGUUUAGAUAGCACUGCAUACAGUUGUCUUGUAAUCCAUGAGAAAUAUAACUUCACAUCCCUAUUUCUCCAAUCUUAGCACUUAUACUUCAAAAGCCGGGAUAGAUUGUGUUUAGUGUAAAGUUGAUGUGAUAGGAGAUAACAUUGACUUUUAUUGAUAAAUACAGUUUCUCAGUUGCUCUGUAUAUCAUCAUACUGAUAACUUGUUUCCUGAAUGUGAAUAUGAACCUGAAUAUAUUAUUAUUAUCAUCAUGUAAAGGGGAGACCUUAAGACCUGCAAAAAAAGCAUCCUGUCCUUGGCGGGCAGUUAUAGAAGGACGAUUGACUGCCGAGACUGUGGAUCUUGCUUGUUGUAAAGCGAUCAACUUUCAUCCUUGUACUGUUCUCAAAGUACCAUAUAAUAAUCUCCAUUACUGAUCACUGUACAGAUUCACGCAGCAUUGGUAGGAGGAAAUGUGUGUAUCAUAUUGUAUUUUUUACUAAUAAAGUUAUUUAAGAUAUUUCUUUUCAAGACUGAGUAAAAUAAAAAUACUAUAUGCAAAGAAAAAACUAUUGAGAUUUUAAUUAAUUAGGUGUUUGUUAUAAAAUCAAAUUAUUUCUCAAAUGAUUGUUCUUUUGCUCACUGCAUGAAAUUGUUUAUAAUACAAUGGGUUGGGGUCGGGUGACCAGUGGAUGGUAUCCCGGUGGCCAGCAUACCGAUGCACCACCAGGAUGCUGACAAGGGGCGAGCGCAACUAAGCCCCUUGCGGACUCGGUGGCUCCCCGCAGGUUCUAUUCCCACUCUAUGGGUGUCAUGGGCACCCACGAGUGUGAAGAGCCCUGGGUUCCCUGGCGGCAUCCUGGUGUCGGUAUGCUGACCGCCCGGAUCCCGACCGCCGGUCACCUGACUACAUCCCAAUAAAUUUAUUAUACAUGUCGUACAAAGGAAUAUUUAAGAAAUAUCUGAGAAUGAAUGUUAUCAUUGAGAACACAAAGCACUGAUCAACACUUAGAAAGCAAUAAACUAGCUGGAACCUGGCCAUUUUCUAUAUAUGAUACAGUAAAUGUUUGUGGCCAAACCUUACCGGGGAUCUGGUACAUGGUCAACAGUGACCAUUUUGACACCACAAUGUUGAUAUGGGUCAACAUGUCGACAGGCACCAUGUCUGUAUUCUCAGAAUAUAUAUAUGUCGACAUGUGAAAUGUCUCCAUGUGAAAUGACAACAUUCUGAGGAUGCUGACAGUUAGGGUUAGGCUGUGGGGGUAGAUUAGGGUUAGGCACUAGUGAGGAGGUUAGGAGUAGCAACAGAAUACUUACUGAAUCGCCACUCCUCAGACGACUGCACCACAUGACCACCGGAACCCGGAAGAAGACGCUGGAGCUGUUGCAGCCACUGGGACCAUGCAAGUAACCACUGGCCCACCAGUGACUUUAGGCCAACAUUCUAUUGUAUCAACAUGUCAUCCAUGCUGCUUGUUGACAGUUUGACCAUGUCAGUAUUCUCAUGUUAACCUGAUACAUGAUGACGUGAUAAAUGUCGACCUAACAUUCAGUACCACAACCCUCAUCCUGUGUGUGGAGUAUCACAGAGACAGGAUGACACAUUUACUAACUGUUCUCAUCCUUUAUUACUGUCUUCUCCGUAAUGUUGUGUGGUAAAAGGUAUUAGAAUGAAACUACUUACUUCACCUGUACCAUGUCUUUCUGUAUUGUUCUUUCCUAAUGCAGCCCUGCUAAAUUUUCACUCAACGUUGAUAGGUGUGCCUAAUAAAUGCUUGGAUGAAGUGCAUAUGGUGGAGCGGAGUUGGUAUGCCACUGUCCUACUUAAUAAUAUUGUUUCAUCAUCCUUUAUGCAUUUUAUAAUUU